AGAGACUGGCAACCACUGCUUAUCCACAUCACUGUCCCAACCACCACAAACACAGCAAAGUGAAAAUCUGAAAAAACCGACAUCCCUACCGGGAAGUUUCUUACUAGCCUCUUUCUUGUAUUGCUGUGUUCCUGAAGUGAUUCAGAGAGAAUUAGAUACAAUGAACACCGAACAAUUACAAAAUCAAAAUUCAGCAGAUUUAGAUGUUUCCCAAGAGUCGGAGAAAAGUUCUAAACACAAUUCUCAAUACAAAGAUAAGCACAGGCAUACGCAACAGAAGACAUACAUCUGCUCUGAAUGUGGAAGACAAUUAUCCAGCAGACGUAGCCUUCAGAUACACAUGAGAAUACACACUGGAGACAAGCCAUAUUCUUGCACUGAUUGUGGCACACAGUUCUCCACCAGCAGCACUCUUCUGACUCAUAGAAGAGUUCACACUGGAGAGAAGCCGUAUUGCUGUUCUAAAUGUGACAAGCAAUUUUCCUCGUGGUACGGUCUUCACAGCCACACCAAAGUUCACACAGGAGAGAAACCAUAUUGCUGUUCAGAAUGUGGUAAGCGAUUCUCCAGGAGGAGCUACCUCCAGACUCACAAAAGAAUUCACACUGGAGAGAAGCCAUAUUGGUGUUCUGAUUGUGGCAUACCAUUCUCUUCCAGGUAUGGUCUUCAUUGUCACACAAGAGUUCACACAGGAGAAAAGCCAUAUAGCUGUUUGGACUGUGGCAUACGAUUUUCUUCAAAGUAUGGUCUUCAGAGCCACAGAAGAGUUCAUACAGGAGAGAAGCCAUAUUGGUGUUCUGAAUGUGGCAAACCAUUCUCACAUAUUGGUGCUUUUCAGAGCCACCAAAGAAUACACAGAGAAGAAAAGCCCUAUGGCUGUUCUGAAUGUGGUAAACAAUUUUCUACUAGUACCAGUCUUCAGAUUCACAGAAGAAUUCACACUGGAGAGAAACCAUUUUGUUCUUCCGAAUGUUUGAAGGGAUUCUCACAAAUGAUUGGUCUUCAAAACCACACGAGACUUCACACUGGAGAUAAGCUUUAUUGUUGUGCCGAAUGUGGAAAGCAAUUUUCUAACAGUAGAAAUCUUUGGAGUCACACAAGAGUUCACACUGGAGAGAAACUGUACUCCUGUUCUGAAUGUAACAGGCAAUUCUCAACUGCUUGGCAGCUUGAGACCCACACACGAAUUCACACUGGAGAGAAGCCAUAUGGCUGUUCCCACUGUGGCAAGAGCUUCUCCCACAACAGCAGUCUUCAGAAACACACAAGAAUUCAUACUGGGGAAAAGCCGUAUUGCUGUUCUCACUGUGGCAAACGAUUUUCUGGCAAGGGUGGUUUACGACAACAUGUAAAAAUUCACACAGGAGAGAAGCCGCACUGCUGUUCUGACUGUGGGAAGCGAUUUUUACAGAAAAGUCAUCUUCAAAACCAUAUAAGAAUUCAUAGAAGGGAUGAAGGAAAGGAGAGAAGAGAGGAGAUGGCGACAACUGAAUCUUGUGAAGAAGUAGUAAAGUUGCAUCAAGUACCAGCAUGAUGACAUAUGAAGACAGGAAAUUUUAAUGGUAAAUAAAACCUAGAGACUCCUAGGCAAAACAAAAGAAGAUAUAAGCAUACAUGUUGAAACAUAAUGAUGAAUUAGUUUUUUAGAACCAACCUAAGGAAGACCUAGAACUUAAAGGGAGCAGAAAGAAAAUAAACUUCAAAUAAUCUUGAGAACACUGUAUGUGAACACGUUAAAGCAGAGUGGAUGAGCAGACAUCACACACACACAGCUCCAUGAAAGAAAUACAGUAGCCCAUGGUAAUGGCUGAAAAAUUGUACUUAUGCCUGGACCUGCUGCUAAGUGUAAGAUGUCCAUUCCCGAUGAUGUCCACAGUGUCUGGUUUAAGGUAUUAAUGUUCCUACACCAGAAUACUGCUAACGUCAAGAAUGUUUUAAUGCAGCAGCUGUGGGAAACACCUGUUGUCUUGAGAGUGAAAACUCUCCAUAGGAGCUAUAAAUAUGGAGGACAGGGGACAAUGCAGGUAUGCUGUAUAAGUAUAAGAGAGUAAAAGACAAGCAGUGUCCUGAUUAAGCUGUGAAGCACACACCCAUCACUUCAAGAGCACAAAGCCAAGUAGAGAAACAACACAAAGAGAGACCUCAUUUGUCUCCAGUGUGUAGACCAGGGGUGUCCAACUCCGGGCCUGGUAGCUGCAGGUUUUCAUUCUAACCCUUUUCCUAAUCAGUGACCAGUUUUCAUUGCUAAUUAACUCCUUUUCCCUUCAUUUUUAAUAGUCCUGUUUUUAAGGAUUCAGUCAUCUGAAUUGAUUCCUUUCUUUGUUAAAUGGCAGCCAAGCAAAAAUGAGAUGUGAAACGAGCCGACAGAUGACCAGUUAAACUGGAAUUUCAAACUCCAACCAAUUUCACUCCAAUCAAUCUCUUAAUGAGAAGCUGGUUCUUGCUGUUAAUUAAACUCAUUAUUUACUUCUAUGGCUUGUUGCUUCUUCUCUCAUUCUGCUACAGUAGACAUUUCUAAAACUGUUAAUUUUUCUGUUUUUUUUUUCUAAGAACACCGACAAAAUGUUUUGGUGAACUGAGAGAUCAACCUUACCAAGACCAUCACCUUUCUUUAUUUUCAGAUAUUGUGGCUAGCUGGUCAUGUGGUAGCUUGUUUUGUGUCUCAUUAUUGUUUGGCUGCUAAAUAAGGAAAAGGAGACAACUAAUGGGCCUGAGUCAAGUUAAUUAACACUAAGGCAAAAGAAGUUAAUUUGCUUACUAAUGAUGGCUAGAAUGAAAACCUGCAGCCACUGCGGUCCACCAGGACCGGAGUUCGACACUCGUGUUUUAGACUGUAACUGCCUUAAGUGCCAUAUUGCUGCAGUAACUUAGUUUGGGUACUCAAAAGUCAACAGUUUUACAGAGAAAUUGUCCUUAAAGUCAUCUCUUGUGUGCGAUUGUUCUGCUUCUGUAAUCAUCUUCAUUAUGCAUUAGUCUUAGAGUCGUCUGCUAGUUCUGUGUUUGUGACAUUUAGCAAUUUUUAAAAAAGGUUUUCAUGUUCUUAUUUUAUUAAUUCAGCUGCAUUGUAUUUGUGUUGCCAUGAACUAAUCAUUGACUGAAGUGACACAUUACAAGGUAUCUGCUCCACAGAUGGUGACUCUUUUGGCCCCCAUGCUGCCCGAGGCUCAGGGUCACUGUGAUCAUAUGAAGGAAGCCACAGGAAGGAUGAGAAAACGGUGAUGCUUUUUACCUUUUUGUGUUACAUAAACUUAAUAUAUUUUAUUACUGAACAUU